AUGGGUCGCAAAGGAAGCGAACGGAGACAGACAGCACUGCUGGUGAGGCAGCAGACUGAGGAGAGCAGGAGAGAAGGACGCACAACUCAAACGCGCAUCUCUCACUUCCAGCUGGAGCAUGCUGCCAGGAGAUAGCAGCGCUCCAGUCUAGUCAAAGUUUUUGGAUCACAGCAGGACGGAGGGAGCCUCCACAUCCCCCCAAGGGAUCUGGGAAGCAAGCAUGGACGUCGGAGAGGCACCAGCGCUUUGAGCGGAGUGGAGCCAAAGAGACAUCCAGACAUGAUUUGGGUCACGUUUUUACCCUUCUUGAUGCCUUGCGUGGCAGCGAACAGGACGUCGGACCUUGUGCCGUUCUUUCACGGGCAUGUGUUCGAGAACUCGUCUCCCGGCUCGCGGGUCAACGGGCUCAGCGUCCCGCUGAAGCGACUCAACUCGCGCCGGCUGUGCGGCACCGCGCAGCCCGGCUCGGCGGCAGCGCACUAUAAACUUCUGGGAGACAGGAGCGAGGACUUCCGCGUCUUUGCGCACCACAAACGAGGGCAUGUACUUCUGAAGACGACCCAGACUCUGGACCGAGAGGAGCGGGCUGAGUACGCCCUGAGUCUGGGUCUCUGCUGUGGACAGUGCGCGGAAGGGGAGGACGCGUCCGAACUCGUGGCGUCCAUUAAGGUGGACGUCCUGGACACCAACGACCACCAGCCCGUUUUCCCCAGCGCCAACAUGAAGCUGGAUCUGGACGAUGCCACUGCCCUGCGCGCGGCUAUCUGCUCACUGAGCGCGCGGGACGGCGACAGCGGCAAGAACGCGGAGCUCAUCUACUUCGCCGAGCCCAAAAACGGAAGUUUCUACGCGGUGCCCAAAACGGGGGAUAUCCUCCUGGUCGACUCCAUCCUCGGUCUGGAAGAACCCAUUAAGUUUCAAGUGUUUGCGCGGGACCGCGGCUGGCCACCCCGCACGAGUCAAGGUGUCUCCGUGGAAAUAAACCCGCGGCAAUGGCCCGCCGCGCGCUCUGCGACCCCCGGACCACGGCAGCAAGUUGAAGUGCAAGCGCGGAAGUCCCGAUCGGUCACGGAGGAGGAAACGCCGGUUCUCAUCAGCGUGUCCGAGGACGCGGGGAUCGGUUCUGUCGUGGUGAACCUGAACCCGGUCAGGUUCCAGUCGGCCGCCUUCGAGCUGGUGGAGCCGGAGCUGGAGAGCUCCCCGGUCAGCGUGAGCCGGGACGGCGGGGAUGUAGUCAUCAUGCGGAGGCUGGACCGGGAGACCGAACCUCUGGUGGAGAUCACCGUCAGGGUGCAGGACAAGAGAGGUUUGGAGUGGUACCUGGUUAGAGUGGAGCUGACUGUGACUGAUGUAAACGACAACAUCCCGGAAUGGAGCAUGGUUCCUGCUCCCUACCUUGCUGUGGUUUCCCCAGAUGCGACUGCAGGAUCACUGGUUUACAAACUCAUUGCUCAGGAUGGAGACGAAGGUCUUAAUGGUGAAGUGGAGUACUUCCUAUCUGAUGGUGGCGACGGUCGAUUUGAAGUGGACAGGAAGAGUGGCCAGAUACGGACGACGGGGCUUCCUCUGCAGCGUGACAGAGAGUACCUGCUGACGGUGGUGGCAGCCGAUGGGCUGGGCAGCCGCAGUGCCCCUGCCAUCAUAUCUGUGGUGGCUGGAGCCCGGCCACCGCAGUUUACUAAUGCCUCCUUCACCAUCGCUAUACCGGAAAACACGCCGGAAGGACAGCCGUUUCUGGUGACACCUGCUGUGUCCUUCCAAAAGAAACCAAUCAGCUACAGCCUCCUCAUCAAUCCCAGCAGUCUGUUCUCCAUCUCGGCAGACACGGGCGAAAUCAGCCUGACCCGCACCAUCGAUUACGAGAGUGACCAACAUCGUUACUUGCUUCUGGUGCGGGCCAGCGAGGGCCAGGACAGCAUGAGCAGUGCAGCAGAGGUGCGAGUUGUUAUUGUUGAUGAGAACGACUGCGUUCCAGAAUUCCUGCAGUCGAUUUACAGCAAGGACGGCGUUCCGGAGAUGGUUACAACGGCAACCUCCUUGUUGCAGGUGUCCGCCAGCGACUGCGACUCCGGACCGAAUGCCGACCUGACCUAUUACACCCUGAGUCCAGAUUUCAUCAUUUCUCCUCACGGGACCAUCUUCCCAGCGGGACCUCUAGACUACGAGAGACCCAAUCACCUGUAUGAGUUUGUCGUCAUGGCAAUUGACAAGGGAGACGUCCCUCGGACGGGAACGACGACGGUACGAAUUAGGAUGGCCAACGUGAACGACGAGGCACCCGAGUUUUCCCAACAUAUAUACCGGACGUUUGUGUCAGAAGAUGCGGGGCCCAACACACUUGUUGCCACGGUGCUGGCGAAGGACCCUGAUGGUGAUGGGAUCACUUACAAAAUCACUACAGGAAAUGAUGAAGGCAAUUUUGUCAUUGACAGCCAAAAAGGUUUGAUCCGGCUGCGCUCCAGCCCACCGCCUCGCCUGCAGGGCGUGGAGUACGUCCUCAACGUCACGGCCACAGACGACAACGCCUCGGGCGGGCCGCAGGCGCUGGCCUCCACGGCGCAGGUCAUAGUGGGAGUGGACGACGUGAACAACAACAAGCCCGUCUUUGAACAGUGUCAGCAGUACAGAGAGAGCACAUCGGUUCUGGAGAACCAGCCGGCGGGGUCUUUCGUUCUGCAGGUUCACGCUGUGGAUGCAGACGAAGGCUCCAAUGGCAGGGUCACGUAUGGCUUCAUGCACAAAGACUCUACAGUUCCUGCAUUCAGUAUCCACCCUGAUACUGGCGUGAUCGUGACUGCCAGGAAAUUUGAUCGUGAGCGUCAGCGGGAGUAUGCGGUGACAGUGACUGCCACUGACCAGGCAGCCGAUCCUCUGAUCGGCAUCUGUCAACUCAACAUUCUCAUCCUGGACCAGAAUGACAACAGCCCGAAGUUUGAGAACCUCCGAUAUGAGUACUUCCUUCGUGAGGAUACAAUGAUCGGAACUAGUUUCCUGCGGGUGGCAGCCCAUGACGAUGACUUUGGCAGCAAUGCAGCCGUCACGUACACCAUGUCUGGUGAGCUGCCGGAGUACCUCAGGGUCAACCCGCUGACAGGCUGGGUGUACGUCAACCAGCCCAUCUCCCAGAGGACAUACAUCACCAGGGAGAUCGUAGCAACAGACGGAGGAAACAAGAGCAGUUCGGUGGAACUGGCUGUCACCAUCACCAAUGUGAAGAACCAGCCUCCACAGUGGGAAAAAGACACUUACAGUGUGGUGAUUCCAACACAGUUACUUUCAGAUACCCCCAUAAAGACCAUCAAAGCCACAUCCCCUCUUGGUGAUCCGAGGGUAACGUACAACUUGGAGGAUGGAAUGGUCCCAGAGACCAACAUGCCGGUCCGCUUCUACUUGACUCCCAAUCGAGAAGACGGUUCAGCCUCCAUCCUGGUGGCGGAGCCUUUGGACUAUGAGACCACCAGGAACUUUAUUCUGCGGGUUCGCGCCCAGAAUGUGGCAGCUGUACCAUUAGCUGCCUUCACCACGGUCUAUGUCAAUGUCACGGAUGUUAAUGACAACGUUCCAUUCUUCACUUCCUCCAUCUAUGAGGCCUCAGUCACUGAAGGAGCAGAAUCAGGAAUUUUGAUUUUCCAGGUAUCAGCCAAUGAUCUGGAUCUGGGCCUUAAUGGCAAGAUUUCCUACUCGUUGCUGGAGGACCGCAGUGGGGACCACAAGUAUUUCCGCAUCGACUCGGAGGUUGGCUUCAUCUACUCUCAGGCUGUGUUUGAUAGAGAGACCAAAAGCUCUUAUCUGUUGGAGGUUCAGUCUGUGGAUGGCUGGGAGUCUUCGCGACCAGGAAAACAUGGACAACCCAACUCUGACACAGCAUAUGUUCGCGUUUUCAUCAGCGACGUGAACGAUAACAAGCCCGUGUUUGCACAGGCGUCUUAUGAAGUUGAUGUGGAUGAGGACGCUGACGUGGGCUUUGCUAUUCUCACAGUUAGUGCCAAUGAUGGGGACGAAGGUGGGAAUGCGAAGCUGCGUUACCAGAUCACAUCAGGAAACACAGGAGGCGUGUUUGACGUGGAGCCAGAGGUGGGAACCAUCUUUAUCGCUCAGCCUCUGGACUAUGAACAGAACAAAAGAUACAAGCUGCAUGUCCUGGCUUCGGACGGGAAGUGGGAGGAUUACACGGCGGUGACGGUGAACGUGGUGAACAAGAACGACGAGUCGCCUGUGUUCACAGUGAACGAGUACUACGGCAGCGUGACCGAGGAGCUGGACGGCUCGCCUGUCUUUGUCCUGCAGGUAACAGCGUCUGACCCUGAUAAGGAUGCCGACCAGGAGGCCCUGCGGUACUCCCUUCAUGGCCAGGGUGCUGAGAGCGAGUUCAUAAUCGAUGAGGUCACUGGCAAGAUCUACGCUCAGAGGACGCUGGACCGCGAGGAACGCGCCGUCUGGCGCUUCGUCGUCCUGGCAACAGAUGAGGGCGGGGAAGGCCUGACGGGCUUUACGGACGUUAUCAUCAACGUGUGGGACAUCAACGACAAUGCCCCCAUAUUCCCCUGCGCCCUCAGUUGCCACGGAGAUGUAGCCGAGAACUCUGCUAUCGGGACGUCCGUCAUGGAGAUGACUGCCACUGACCUGGACGAUUCGGCGGUGGGACAGAACGCCGUGCUCUCCUACAGGAUCGUGGGCAUCUUAGACGCCACAAAUGCCAAACUGGGCGGAGUGCCCACCAUCUCAGAAAUGUUCAGCAUCAAUCCCACCACGGGAACCAUCACCGUGGGCUUGGGCGGUCUGGACAGGGAGCAGGUGGAGUCCUACCUCCUCCUCGUCGAGGCCAGAGACGGAGGAGGGAUGACGGGAACUGGAACCGCAACCAUUCAGAUUGCAGACGUCAACGACCACGCUCCAAGGUUCAUCGAUCAUUCCUGUCAGGCAAGGAUCUCUGAAAACUCAGAGCCCAACACACAGGUUCUGGAGCUGGCUGCAGAAGACAGAGACACUGGAGAAAACGCUCAGCUGACCUUCAGCAUUGUGGCCGGAGAUCAAGAGCAGAAGUUCUACAUGGUCAGUCACAAGCAGGAGCAGCGUGGAGUCCUGAGGCUGAAGAAGCGCUUGGACUAUGAACGACACAGUGAACAGAAGUUCAACCUCACGCUGAAGGUGGAGGAUCUGGACUUCUCCAGCUUUCUGCACUGCGUGGUCGAGGUGGAGGACUAUAAUGAUCACACGCCUGUCUUCAUUCCACACUUCCUGUCCCUUGCGCCGCUACCAGAGGACGUCAGCGUGGGAACCAGCGUGGCCCGUCUGGUGGCCAGUGACUCGGACUCGGGCCAAAACCGCGAAAUCACCUACAGCCUGUCGGAAGACUCAGACCCUGAGGGCCUGUUCACCAUCGACCAGUCCGGCCUACUCUCGGUGGCCCGGCCGCUGGACCGAGAGAAAACAGCUCAGCAUCACUUGGUUGUCAUAGCAACAGAUCACGGGAUGCCUGCUUUGACAGGCAGCGCCACAGUUCAGCUGCCCCUGUUGGAUGUUAACGAUAACGGACCAGAGUUUGAGGCUGCCUACUCUCCUGUCGUCUUUGAGAAUGUGGCUGGUCCACAGGUAGUGAGGUUGAACCAAACCUCGGUCCUCCUCCGAGCCGUGGACCGGGACUCUCCCGAGAACGGGCCGCCCUUUCACUUCACCGUCCCACCGGAGUAUCGCUACGGCAACGACUUCUACCUCCAGGAUAACCUGAACGGCACGUCCACUCUGACGGCCCUCAGGACGUUCGACCGCGAGCGCCAGAAGGAGUUUCUCCUGCCCAUUGUCAUGAGCGACAGUGGCCGCCCGGCCAAAACGGUGACCAGCACCCUGACUGUGACCAUUGGUGACCAGAAUGAUCACGCUCACGUAGCGGGAGAGAAACAGAUAUCCAUCAACAGCCACAGAGGCCGCAUGCCAACUACAGUCCUUGGAAAGGUCUAUGCUCCUGACCCUGAUGACUGGGAUAAUAAGACCUACGUCUUUGAGGGACACAUGCCAAGUUACUUCAUCCUGAACAAGCGUACCGGGUUCCUUAUCAUCAAGGAGAACACCCUACCCGGCACCUACCAGUUCCAGGUCCGUGUGUCUGAUGGAGUUUGGCCCGACGCCGUCUCCACAGUAACCGUAUACGUGAGGGAGCUGCGAGACGAAGCCAUCUACAACUCUGCGUCCCUUCGCCUCGCAGACAUCACUGCCAAGGAGUUCAUGGAGCUCCGAGGGAAGCAGCGCAGCCGCUACGAGCUGCUGGUGGACUUCCUGUCGGAGAUGCUCUCCGUCCCACCGGGGGAAGUUAACAUCUUCAGCCUCAUGGACGUGAAGGAGCGAAUGCUGGACGUCCGCUUUGCUGUGAGCGCCGGCCCCUCCUUCCUGCAGCCGGAGAAAAUGCACGGCUACCUAGCCGCCCACAAACAAAAGCUCCAGUCCGUCCUGCAGGUCAGCGUGUUCCAGGUCCGGGUGGACGAGUGUCCCGGUUCAGAGUGCGCCGGCUCCGGCGGCUGCACCAGCGUGCUGGAGGUGCGGGACGCGCCCACGGUGGUGGACUGCGGCACCAUGAGCCUGGUUUCCGUCAUGGUGGAGUCCAAGGCCGUGUGCUCCUGCCCUGGACGGGAGCAGUCCCAUCAGCCCUGCGCCUCGUAUCCCAGAAACCCCUGCUUCAACGGAGGGCUGUGCGUGGACACGCAGCACGGCUACAGGUGCCAGUGCCCUGCUCAGUUCGAGGGACCUGAAUGCCAGCAGAACAAGCACAGUUUCCAUGGCAAUGGCUAUGCUUGGUUUCCUCCUAUGAUGCCUUGUUUUGAGAGCCAUGUGUCGCUGGAGUUUAUCACAGACGUGGCUGAUGGACUGCUGUUGUACAGCGGCCCACUGGCACAGCUGCAAGCCUGGGACCACGAGGACUUCAUGGCCAUAGAGCUUAUAGACGGGACCCCAACCUUGAAAAUCAACCAUGGCUCUGGCACGCUUGUGUUACAGCUGCCCGGAAACAUCAACGUGGCAGACAGGCGCUGGCAUCGGCUGGACGUCCGUAGCAACAGCAAGGAAGUACGUUUCACUCUGGACCGAUGUUCAGGAGCAGCAGUGAUGGAGAUGGAGGGUCUGGGCAGCUGGUUGACCACUGAGGACCACUCCUCCUGUGAAGUGAUGGGUGUUACACCCAACACUGACAGACACCUAAACACCAGUCAAGUUCUCCAGCUCGGAGGUGUGAACGAGGACAUUCCCUACAUCUACCCUCAGCUUCAGCACAAACACUUCACCGGCUGCAUCCGCAACCUCAUUGUGGACAGCAAGCUGUAUGAUCUGGGCUCCCCUGCCGACUGGCAGUCCAGCUCCCCAGGCUGCCUCACCACUGAUAGCAGCUGUGUCAACAUGGGCUUUCCAGCCUGCGGCCAUCGUGGCCGUUGUCAUGGGGAGUGGGGCUCCUUCAGCUGCCAGUGUGUGGCCGGAUACACUGGACAGCAGUGUGAAGAAGUGGCCCCGGAGUAUUCCUUCGACGGCCACAGUCAUCUGCACUACCAGCUGGCGUCCGCACUGCCGCCCAGAAGAACGUGGAUCCAAGUCCUGGUUCGAACCCGGAAACACAGCAGCAGCAUCGUCAGCCUGGUGUCCAGGGAUCAGAGUGAAUACCUGCGACUGGAGGUAUUUCAGGGCCUUCUUUGCACUUUCUACAACCUCGGCGACGGAGACUACAACCUGACCCUACCCAGCUAUCGCCUUGACAACGGCGAGUGGCACGAGGUCUCCUUGGACAGACACGACAACGAGAUGACACUGCGGCUGGAUGGCGGCGGAGGGAAGCGGGAGGUGACGGGAUCGCAGAGCAGAAGCCGAGAAAUCGUCAUCGACCCGACCGCCGUGAUGCUGGGGAACUCCUUCCCCUCGGAAAGCAACAGGAGCUUUCAAGGCUGCAUCAGGGAUCUACGCCUCAACGGCCGUUACAUGCCACUGGACAGCCAGCCACUUGACGGGGUUUCCCAGGUCAGCGUGCAAGGGCUCUCUGUUGGAUGUUCAUCAGACUCCUGCAAAAAGUACCACUGUAAAGCCCCGUUUACCUGCGUGGACUUGUGGAGAGUGCACGAAUGCAGGUGUCCUCCUGGUCACAUGAUCCGUGUGAACGGCACCAAAAAGUCCUGUGUGUACACGCUAUGCGCUACGCGGCCUUGUCACCGGGGAACCUGUGUGGCCCAGUCACCCUCUAAAUUCACCUGCCACUGUCCGGAGGGCUACAGGGGGCGCCACUGUGAGACGACAUUGGCUGUUUAUAGGGAGGACGUGGGCCUGAGCUUCAGCUCGCUCUUUGCCAUCUGUAUCUGCUUCAUGGCGUUGCUAGUGCUGCUGCUGGGAAUUUUCCUCUACACCCGCUGGCGGAGCUACAAAGGUCUGAAGGAGGGCGUGUACCACGUGUCGGCGCACCACGACGGCUGGGAGGACAUCCGGGAGAACGUGCUCAACUACGACGAGGAGGGAGGCGGUGAGGAGGAUCAGAACGCCUACGACAUGGCGGAGCUGCAGAAGUCCCUUCAGCCAAGCCCCGCCCAGUCGGUCCAGUACUGCCGCUCCAGAGCGCUGCACCACCCGCCGCCCACCCACCACCUACACCACCACCUGCUCCACCAGGCUCCGCCCGUCCCGGCCUCCGCCCCGCCGCUGGACCCCCUAAGCCGGACGUCCAGCUCCACCACCCUGCCUCCCUCGGCCGCGUCCACGUCCUCCACGUCCACCACCGCCGCCAGCCUCCGCAGGGACGUGCCCCCCGCCCGGCCCCCCGCCCAGGGCCAGGCGCGCCCCUCCCAGCUGGCGCGGCGCUCCCUCUCCUUCUCCAGCCAGGACCUGGCCCGCUACCUGUGUGAGAUCAUCCGUGAUGCCGACCAGCACCCGGACACGGGGCCCUUCGACUCCCUGCAGGUGUUCUCCACCGAGGGCGGGGGGUCGCCCGCCGGCUCCCUCAGCUCCUUCAGUUCGGCAGGGCUGGACGGGGGGAGCACAGGGGAGGGGAGUGGGGAGGCUCGGCGGGAGGAGACGCUGGGGGAGUGGGGCCCUCGCUUUGAGAAACUGAGAGCUCUGUAUGAACGAGCCGAGGCCAGCGACCUGUGAGCGACCGGACGCUAAUAACAGAACGCCUUAUAAACCUUUCAGACGGUCAGCGGUGAGGGAGCGGAGUGUGAGUGACUGACAGUCUGUCUCCUAAUCAGCUGUCCGGGUUGUUGUGGCCCUCCAGUGGGCGACUGCUGUCUGAGAACAGACAUCAUCAUCUCCAGGUGAGAUUAAGGCUUCAGAGCGUCCUGAACACACGGACGUCACUCUGCAGAGUCCAGUCCUUCUGACGCCGUUUUUAUUUCAAAUCAGCACCAGUGAAAAUGUAUUUUGUAUCUUGUUGCUGCUGAAUGAGAGCCGUGUAAAUAAGGGACAUGCGUUGCACACUGCACUAUAACAUCAUCAGUUUCUCAUACAGAGAUAGAGCCUUGUUUUGUUCUUUUAGUUGUUUUGUUUUAUAUAUAUAUAUAUAUAUACUGUAUUAUGUUCUCCACACAGUUUCUGAAGUUUCGUUUCAAGUUUUUAUGAGGGGAAAACCUGAAGACGCAUUUUGACGAUGAGACCAGGGCAGUUUUUCCUCUAGAAAUACUUUUCCUGGAUCCUUCCAACCUUUACUGACCAGUUCUCUCAUGACGGCUCAAACUCAACCUGAGUGUUGACCAAUUCCUCAGUCAGAGCGCAAGAGAGUUUCUAAAGCCACAAAGUCAGAUUUUCAGCUUUCAAUCUUUAUAACUGACAUACUGAGAAGUUGACAUUAUGGAUUAUCUACAGGAGAGAGAGUUGUCCAGAAUUAAAAUAACUUCAGUCACAUAAGUGUUGUAGUAGUUGGAUUUUUAAUAAAUAAAUCAUAAAAGAUGUUACUUAAAGUAGCAUCCACACUCACACACACACACACAGUCAAACACAUACACAAGACAGAUUUCUAAAACAAAUUACAGGAAUUGUUUCAUAUAUUGAAAUUUGGAGCUCUGGAUGAACUUCCUGCCCUGCUGGUCACCAUGAAGUGGCCCCUAAGAAUAAGUUCCUGCAGGUAAUACGCUCCGGGGUUCCAGGGGUUGGACUUUUUUUGGGGGUUUUUUUGUUGUUUUUUUACUCUUAACUCAGUUGAGUCCUUAAGUAUUGGUGAAGUGUUUCGAGCUCCAGCACUCUGUGGAUUGUAAGACAUCCAGCCGUCUCUACUUAGCAACGCGCCCGCAUCGUCGUUUCAUUUCCUAUUCUCAUCCGCUCCACCGCCGCCGCUCAUUGUAGCUCACCCAAGGGGGGCCGGCAGGGGCCGCACGAAAAUUCAAACAGAUCUCUAACAAAGAGUGGACGAGAGGCCCGCGGGCCGGGA